GAAGGGGACACUAGCCAAGGGAUACAGGUCAUGUUUAGAAGAUGAAAAGGCAAGGAAACACACUCGCCUCUAGAACCUCCAGAUGCAGCCCAGCUGUCUCCAUGAUUUUAGCCUAGUAUGAUCUGUUUUUUACUUUUGACCUUCAGAACUGUAAAAUAAUCAACUUGUAUUAUUUUAAGCCACAUGUUUGUUAUAGUAGCAAUAGGAAACUAAUAAAAUGGUUAAAUGCCCCAACUUCCUCAGUCCUUGAGUGGGAUGACUGAGGCUUCCGUUCAUUGUUGGCUUUCAGCGUUCCUGAGGUGAGGAUUAAGUAUAUUAUUCACAGCAAUAACUUGCUAGAAAGCACACUGCCUAUUAGCCUUCUUCUCCUUCCUGUGUUCUUCACUCCCCUACUGUAUUGGGAACAUCUCAAAAUAAACUGCUUGCACUCGAGUCCUUGAAUUGGGGUUUGCUUUAGGGGGAACCCAUCUAAAAUGGAAUUUGAGAUGGCUUUGGUAAAAGACUGAUAUAGGUACUUCUUCAAAUUCUUCAAGUUUGAAUUGAAGGAGUAGAGAGUUCUAUAUUUAUCAUAAAUUUUCAUCAGUUCCAAGAUGCAGUAAUGCAGAGGCCUUGCAAAGUGGGGUGGAAGCCUGAAACUCAAGUGGUCACAAAACAUAGUCCCUAUAUUUGUUACAAAGCUUUUUUUUUUUUUUCUUUUUUUUUUUUUUUUCCUUUUUGGACAUGAUCAUUGUGUGGUUCUUUAGUACUUAGUGUAAGACUCUGCUUUCUGAGUCUCCAGAAAUGACUUCUAGGGCCUCCACUGCCACCAGGGAAUGUGAAUCUAGAGAAGUUUGAGGAAGAUACUGCAUAUUGGUUCAUUCUACACCAGAAUUUCUCAAUCUUAGCACCAUUGACAUUUUGAGCUGGAUAAUUCUUUGUUAUGAGUUCUGUCCUGUGCAUUGUAGGAUGUUGAGCCACAUGUCUGGCCUCUACCCACUAGAUGCUACUGUGUUGGACAAUUGAGAAUCACAGUUGACCCUUGGACAAUGUGGGUUUGAAUUGAGCAGGUUCACUUACACAUGUUUGUUUGUUUUUUUUUUUUUCAAUAAAUAUUUUGGAAAAUGUUUUGGAGAUUUGCAAAAAUUUGAAGAACUUCGCAGAUGAACCCCAUAGCCUGGAAGUAUAGAAAAAAUUAGGAAAAAGUUUACUUCAUCUGCAUUUUUUUCUCCUCAUAAAGCCAUAUAAAUAAGAAGAGGACUCUGCCGUGAAGACAAAUAACAUAAAAUCAAGAUGUGGAACAAAUUUGAUUUUCUGGAAGCAGACACUGAGAUAAAUUAGGGAUUAGCACCUGUGAAAAUAAGAGGGCAGAAGCAAGACUGGGCAGAGGAAGAAGUUAAACUGAUAUAGGCCUGCCAUAACCUUGGCUGACAACCAGCACCUCUGGAUCAAGUAUGGCCCAUCAACAUCACAUGGGAGGCUGAAAUGGCCAGCCUUUUACGCAUUUUCCCUGCUCCAUCACUAGAUGCAGGCUGUCCUGGAAAAUCAUGACCUUGGACAAGGGACCAUUUCAAAGACAUAAUGAGCCUUGCCUCAGCUGUCACCGAAAGUUUGCAUUCCACCUUGAGCACCGGAAAAAAAGUUUAUAAAUGCUGCAUAAAUAUUUCACAGGAUGUUUACUUAAUGUCACUGAGGUAGGUAACGUGGUCCAAGCCUGAGGAAUUCAAGGAAAGAAGAGAAGUCUACUGGACUUUUUCCAUCCCUGAUAUGCACAGGAAAUGAAGAGGUCACCUGGGAUGCUUGGAAUUGAGAAAAUGUCCUGGGUGCUCUUCCUAAUCCCACAUCUGGGCAUCUGGAGUAUCAACGGGCAAAGAUCAUGUAAUGAACAACUGUAUGUAAAGAGAUAUUCCACAUACACUGUGUCAGCAGGGUAUCCAUUUAAUCUGGAGUGCCCUGUGAAAUACUGUACUAAGAGGCCUAUUGUGACCUGGUGCAAGCUCAAAGGAAAAAACUGUUUACCUCUUGCAUAUAAACUUCUGGGAUACACAACUUGGAAAGAAGGGGAGAAUAUUUCAGUUUUUAGUCUUCAUUUUAAUCACGCGCUGGCUAGUGAUUCUGGUUCAUACCGCUGUUCUGCGAAUUUUACAUCUGGAGUUAUUGAAAGCCAUUCAGUAACCAUUAAUGUGACAGAACAGACUCAAAAUAAUUCAGAAUACCCUCUAAUAACAUUGACUCACAUUUCAGAUACAACUGGUGCCUCAGGACCACCCUCUCAGGAAGUGACGGCGGACAAACGAUGGAUGCUUUAUAGUUUGCUUCCUUUGGGGGCAUUGCCUCUGCUCAUUACCUGUUUGUGCCUGUUCUUCUGCCUUAGAAGGCACCAAGCAGAAAAAAAGGAGCCUUCUGACACAGCAGGAAGGGAAAUUAACCUGGUUGAUAUUCCCCAGCCCUUUCGGAGUGAGGAAACUGAAGUGGGAACCGGGCAAAAUCCCCAAACACUGCUAUCAGAAACUAGUACUUAUGAUAAUGACCCCUGGUUCAGGGUCCAGGAAGAGUCUGAAGUUUAUUCUAACCCAUGUCUGGAGGAAAACAAGCAGGGCAUUGUUUACGCUUCUUUGAACCAUUCUGUCAUUGGAAUAAACCCAAGACAAUCAAGGAAUGUGAAAGAAACACCUACAGAAUAUGCGGCCAUAUGUGUGAGGAGUUAAAUUCGAUCUUGAUCUCCAACUGGUGAUCACUGAAAGAUAUGCAUGUCAACACCAUUACCAAGCCCAACAAAAGGUUAAAUAACAUUCCUUGACCUGAGAAGCUUCACUUUAAGGAGGUUCAUGUUGGUGCUCGGGUCUUAAGGGUUCAUAGGACAAAUGACUAAAAUUUCUCCCCCCAAAUUCUGAGGGAACUUUUUAUAUGACCCCCUUGAACAACAACACAAAAACCUUUCCCUCCAAGACUAAGUGAUAUUAUGAGUAGCAGAGUGGCAGAAUAUUUAAACGUAGCUACAUUUUACCCAAUUUACAAAGCUAAUAUAUUUUUUGGAGGAUAAGAGACACAUGUAAGUAAGAGAGGUUUGUGUUAUCUGGAUCAGUUCACUACACUCUCUUGACAAAGAAAGGAUGUCCCAAUUUGACUAACCAUCAACACAGUCAUGAUAAUAUGUUUAUUUCUGGUCAUUCUUCCAUGAUGAGAAAUAUCCCUCUGUCCCUCUAAUACUGUUUUUUUUUUUAAUGUAAAGAAGUAACUUUAGACUUGAUAUAAGAAAAGAAUGGAAAGCAUAAAUGGUUCAGUAAAGAUGUUGGCUACACCGACUACCAUGGAGCAGAUGCUCCCCAUACCUGACACGCAAAUGGUUUUACAUUGUUGAGCAAAUAUAGGUAGUAAUGGAGCAAUUAAUGUGUGGUGCAUUUAUAAACAAAGUUGUGACUCAGUGGUUAGGUCACAUGGACUAAUGUAUAUGAAUGUGAUAUAAUGCUGCUGAAUUAAUAUACUCGUGGUUGUUUAAAUAAACAUAAAAAUAAGCAUCAUCGA